AUGACGUCUCUGAUGGAACUAGCCAAGGCCAAGCGCGAACUGCCUUCAAAGGAAGCGGCUCUUUUCAAAGCUAUCCUUAAAUUCUACGAGCACAAGCAAUACAAGAAGGGCCUUAAAUCUUCAGACCAGAUUCUACGCAAGUUCCCAGACCAUGGAGAAACACUCGCAAUGAAGGGUCUGUUUUGCUACCAUCUAGACAGAAAAGAAGAUGGUCACGAAUACAUCAAAAAGGGUCUGAAAAACGACCUCACCAGUCAUAUAUGUUGGCACGUGUAUGGGCUGCUGUAUCGUGGAGACAAGAACUAUGAAGAAGCUGUCAAGUGCUACAGCCAUGCACUCAAAUAUGACAAGGAAAACAUUCAAAUCAUCAAGGACUACUCAUUACUACAGAUACACAUGAGAAACUAUGAAGGCUACAAUGAAACAAGGCAUCACUUACUCGCGUUGAAGCCUUCGAAUAAGCAGUAUUGGGUGGGACUGGCUAUAUCGUAUCACAUGUUACAAAAGUAUGAUACUGCUGUGAAAGUUCUGACCGAUUGGUCUGACUCUGUCAAGGAAUCAGGAGAAGAAGACCACGCAACGCUAUACGAGAAUUCGGAAAUGUAUUUGUAUCGAAACACGAUUAUUGAAGAAUCAGGAGAUUAUAGCACCGCAUUAGAUGACUUGUACCAGAUUGGAUCCAAGGUUAUUGACAAGAAGGCGUUCAAAGAGACAAGAGCACGAUUGCUGCUGAAGUCAGGCAAAAAGCCCGAAGCCGAACAAGUAUAUAGAUCACUAGUAAAGGAGAAUCCAGAUUGUUUACCGUAUCUGGAAGGAUUACAAGCGUGUCUGUCUUUAUCUGGAGAUGUAUCGGAACAUCAAAAGGAACAGAUUCUAAAGUUGUAUGAUGAACUGGCCCAGCAGUAUAAGCGCUCGAAUCUCAUCAAAAGAAUGCCAAUGAAGUACCUGGAUGGUGAGAAGUUCAGGGAAGCCAUGGACAAGUACAUGAGGCCUUUCUUCCGGAAAGGUGUUCCUUCGCUCUUUGUCAGUAAUAAACCAUUAUACCAGAACGCCUCGCAUCUUCAAAUCAUUGAAGAGCUGGUUAUUGGGUAUCAAGCGUCGUUGAAAGCUUCUGGUCACUUCGAGAGAGAAGCAGAAGGAGACAAGGAGCCAGCAACAGCAUAUCUAUGGGUCUUGUAUUAUUUAGCGCAGCAUUACGACUAUAGGGGUGAAAUAUCGAGAGCAUUGGAGAUCAUAAACGAGGCUAUUGCACAUACCCCAACGUUAGUAGAGCUGUACAUGACUAAGGCCAGAAUCUACAAGCAUGCCGGAGACCCAAUUACUGCUUCUGCCGCCAUGAAUGAAGCACGUGAAUUAGAUUUACAGGAUCGAUUCGUCAAUUCCAAGUGUACCAAGUAUAUGCUUCGAGCUGAUCAAAUAGCAGAAGCUGAAAAGACGAUUGCUUUAUUCACCCGGAGUGACUCAACAGAUCCAUUGGCAGAUCUAGUAGAAAUGCAAGCCAUGUGGUUUGCUUUAGAAACUGGCGCAAGUUAUGUGAGACAAAAGCAAUAUGGGCGAGGUUUGAAGAGGUAUCAUCAACUUGAGAAGCACUUUAUAGAUAUAGUCGAUGAUCAGUUUGACUUCCAUUCCUACUGUUUACGUAAAAUGACUCUUCGGUCUUAUAUUGAUCUGUUGCGAGUUGAGGAUGGAAUUAAAGGACAUGAAUACUAUGUGCGGGGUGCUACUGCUGCUGUUAAAGUGUAUAUGCAUCUGUAUGAUGCACCCAAGAAUUCAGAUGAUGAGAAGGAGAGUGAAGACUAUGCCAAUAUGUCUGCAGCAGAUCGUAAGAAAGCACAACGUAAAGCCCGUAAAGCGGAACUGAAAUCUGCUGAGCCAGCUCCAGCAGCUGUGGCAGUCGCACCCAAAGAUGCCAAGGAUAAAGAUAAAAAGCCAGCUAAAGUGGAUGAUGAUAUUGACGGUGCUAAAUUGGUUAAUGUGCCUGAUGUUUUAGCUGAAGCUACCAAGUUUUUGAAGGGUUUAUUGGAUAUGGCUUCUAAGAGGGUUGAUUGUCAGUUGUUGGGUGUUGAGGUUUAUUUGAGGAAAAAAAAAUAUCUAUUGGCAUUACGGUGUCUUUUAAAGGCUCAUGAACUAGACUCUACACAUCCCGAAUUGCAUCGUAAUAUGGUCAGGUUCCAUAGAGAAGUUCACGCAACAGAACUGGAUCCAUCAACCAAAGAAGUCGUCACCACCGAAAUGGCACCACUAUACAAAGACAAGGCCGACUUGAAACAAGCUAAUUUAGACUAUUACAAAAAAUUCCAAUCUUCUCCACCACAUGUUGUUGCAGCAGCUCAAGUGGCUGUCAUGUUGGAAGAACCUAAAAAGGAGGAAAUUGUUGCAUGGAUUUCGAAAUUGGAUUUCAAGACUUGUGGCAAGUCGUUUAGUAUACCGCUUGUAACUCAAACAAUUGAUUUCCUAAAGUUGACGAUGAAACAAGAGCAAGCAGCUCAAGAUCUGUUGAAGCGAGCAAGAGAGUAUUAUCCUCUUGCGCUUGCUUUCAAGCAGUAA